UGUAGAAGCUCGUCUUAUGUCGCAAGAAAAGCUCACAUACUCAAGAAUGACUAAAGGAGAACUCAUCAAGACUUCGUGGCCUCAGGGGUCUCAUGAUUCCUGGUCAGGGCAAACUAUCUUUGCCCAAAAGUUUCCUAAAAAUGUCGAGUUCAUUAACAACUUGAAGCUCGACAAGAAGCUCCAGCCUAAAGAGUACGAGAUUGAAGGAACACACCCCGAGUCAAAGAUUCUCUUUAAAAAUGUCAAUAUUAUUGAGUCUACGGGCCGUGAGCCGUACAUGGGUGAUGUAUUGAUUCGAGGUGAAAGGAUCAGUGCUGUCGGUCAAGUUCCCAACAGGGAAGCGCUUGAAAAAGACCCUACUGUUCGUGUCUUUGAGGGAAGAGGCAGGACACUCAUGUCAGGCCUUGGAGAUGGACAUACUCAUUUCACCUGGAAUGGAGGUGACCUCAACAGACUCGGAGAUCUCGAGGUCGAGGAGCAUGUUCUCCUGACAAUCAAGAGUGCCCAGUGCUUUCUUGACUCGGGAUACACCAUGUGUUUUGGAGCGGCCUCAGCCAAAGACCGCCUGGAUGUGGUGGUUCGAGACGCCAUCAACGCUGGUGAUAUUCCAGGUCCUCGUUAUCUUGCUAAUGCAAGAGAGAUCGCCAAGACUGAUGGCGAAUUGGUCGCGGGUAUUACGCGAUUCGCGGACGGUCCAGACGAAAUGCGCGAGGUUAUCAAGCACAACAUCGAAAACAUAGGCGUCGACAAUAUCAAGCUCAGCAUCUCAGGCGAGGAGAUCACCGAGAUUCGUUCCGCGCAGGACUGCUACUUUCAUGACGAUGAGAUGGCUGCCUGCGUCGAUGAGGCACACAAACGCGGAAAGCGACUGUGUGCACAUGCUCGAGCUAGAGAUUCGGUCAAGAUGUGUGUGAAGCAUGGCGUGGAUGUGAUAUAUCAUGCCAGUUACAUUGAUGACGAAGGCAUGGACAUGUUAGAACGCGAGCGAGAAAAAUACAUUGUUGUCCCAGCUAUCAACUGGCUGGUUGCUACGACAUAUGAAGCCGAGGCCUUUGGAUAUGCCUACGAAACCGCAGAGAAAGCAGGAUAUAAGCGGGAACUCGAUGUUGCGGUCGCUGGACUGCGCGAGAUGCAUAGGCGAGGCAUUGUCGUUCUACCAGGAGGUGACUACGGCUUUGCGUGGACGCCUCACGGAACCUAUGCGCGUGAUCUUGAACAUUUCGUCAACCUGCUCGGUUUCACCCCGCACGAGAGUAUCAUCGCCGCGACCGCUGGAGUUGCUGCACUCUUGAUGAGGGGCCACGAGCUUGGGAAGAUUCAGCCUGGAUACUAUGCCGACUGCAUCCUUGUAGACGGCGAUCCCUUGCAAGACAUCUCGAUCCUGCAGGAUCACGACAAGCUCAAUGUUAUUAUCAUCAAUGGUCGAGUUCAUAAGGCGGGAAGGAAGGAGUACUUUAUGGACUCAUCAGGAUCACUAUCGCAUGGGAUCCCACGUCAUUUAAUAGGGGACUUUCCAGAGAAAAAGCAAGCUAUGCAAAAGACAUUUUAAAUAGUUUAAGAAGAAGGUCAGCCCGGUAUGCAUGGGCUUAUGUGCUUUGUCACCUAUUAUAUAUAUCAUCAUCGCCUUCUUCGAC